UAUACUCUGUCUUUAUACCUGAACGGGAGUAGUACAUGAUGGAAUAUAAAAGAUUGCCAGACGAAACAUUUAUACUUUCGGAUCAUUUUCAUCAAACUCUUGAACCAUGUUUGGAGCCUGUGUUAAAUUUUUUAAGUUUAAAUGAAUAUUGUGAUCAACCUGUCAAUAUAGUGGACUUCGGGACGUGCGACGGACAAGCUAUUACUCCAUUCCUGAAAAUUCUGAUCGGAAAAAUUAGAGCCAAACCAAUAUCUGGAGAAAUUGCUGUGUUUUUCAACGAUCAAAAGACCAACGAUUUCAACGCUUUGGUCAAAACUAUUACAGUUUUCAAAGAAGAAAUGAAUGAUCCUCUCCUCCGAAUUUUCAUCAAUCCUAGCAAUGCAUAUGGGCGCUGCCUUCCGGAAUCCAGUAUCGACAUUGGCAUUAGCACAUUCAUGGUGCACUGGGUAUCCACGCCGAUACGUCUCGAAAAGGAUUUAAUUUACCUGCCUGGGAAGUCUGAAAACAAAGAAGUUAUAGAAAAAGCUGCCGCCCAAGAUUGGAAGAAUUUUCUCUCCGUGAGAUCCAGAGAGAUGAAAAAAGGUGCUGUGUUUCUCUGUAUUGUGCUCUACUACGCUACAGAAUUAGCUGAAAUUCUUUGUGAUGAAUUCCAUCAACUUUAUGAAAGAAAUAUCAUAACAAAGGAGGAGUUGUCAAACACAACCCUACCAUCGUACCCCUACAGAACAGAGUCCGAGCUCAGGGCACCGUUUGACGAUAUUGGACAGCAGAUCGGCAUUCAACUUCUAGAACUGCGGAAAAGACCUGUAAGGUCCUGUGAAAAUAAAGAUAUUGUUGGCAAUGUGAGGUUAUGGCUGUUUUGCACUUUAAUGGCGGGACUCGGUAAAACCAGAAAUGACAAGGAAGCUGGAGAAAUCUGUAACACCUAUUUUGAAAAUUUAAGAGAUCGGUUAUCAGACUGGAAUUAUAUUGAUUUUUUCGUGUUUGAUGUUAUUUUCCAGAAAAUGUAGUGAUAUUUUAAGUUACACGAGUUUCACAGGAGAUGUCUUGCGAACUUUUUCGGACCUUUUGUAUCAUCAUUAGUGGAUUUGUAUAUUAUCCUUUUUGCCUUAAAGGUGCUUAGACACGAUUUGAAGUUAAUAUUUACUCAAAUUUUCUGUUUAAUCUCAUGACUUAUAUGUUGCUAUAGCAUUUCAUACGAAAAUUUGAUAAAAAUCUUAUUUUAUCUGGAAGUUAUUGAAGCUUCGAAUUUCUGGACGCGUUUGAUAGUCACAUCCUUGCACUUUCACAAAUUUUAACUUUAUCCUUAUUACUUAAAAAAAGUAGCAACUUUGUUGUUUAUUAGUGAAAAUUAUUAAAAGUAUAAUGCAGAAAUUUUAGAGUAGAAAUGUAGAAAGCAAACUCCUCUCACCAGUAUUGUCAGUCCGUGCUCAGUGGUGUUUGCAGAGUUUAACAAUUGAACACACCCGGUGAAACGUAAACAUUAACAACAACAGAGCUCGUGCUCUGUUUACAAAGACAGGUUACGUUUCACGGGUGUAUUCAAUUUGUUAAACUCUGUACACAACUACACAACACUAAGCACGGGCUGACAAUACUUAAGUGAGUGGGUUUUGCUUUCGCACAUUUUUACUCUGAAUUUUCUGGAUUAUAGAUAUAUUAGUCAUUAAUACACAACAAAAUUGCUACUUUUCUCAAGUAUUAAGGAUAAAGUUAAAAAUUGUGAAAGUGCAAGGAUGUGUUAAUAAAAAGCCUCCCGAAAUUCGUAGUUUCAAUAAUUUCCAGAUUAAAUAAGUUUUUAAUUUUAUUUUCGUGUGAAAUGCUAUAGCAACAUAUAAGUUGUGAUAUUAUACAGAAAAUUUGAGAAAAUAUAAACUUUAAAUCUGUGUCUAUGCACCUUUAAGGAUAAAUAACACAAACUUUUUUUCCCCCAGAAAUCUGCAAUAUUUCUCAUAGAAUAAUAUUAAAUAGAUUAACUGAAUAUUUUCCAGGUAAAGUGAGAGAAUUUUGUAAUAUUUUGUCACUAUGUCAAAAAUAUGUGCAAAAUUUUGUUUAGAAUUAUAUAGAAAACGAUACAAAGUUGCAAAUCUCAGCACCAAAGAAAACUUCGAUUUCUUUAUAUUUCAUUUCCAUUCAAAAUCAAUCAAAAAUGUAUAUCAAUCCAUGAUCAAAUUUAUGUUUGUAAUAUGUAUCCUUAAAGAACUAAAUAUUUUGAAUAUACAGAGUGCAAUAUACACAGG